AUGGCCAAUCGCUAUUCCGCUGGCACUUCGACGGGCAGCUUGAGUCCACCUCCUAAUUCUCAAGAAAAAUCUCCAGGCUCGGUGUUUGUCGGUUGGGUUCCUGGGUCUGAAAACGCACCAAGAAAAACAGCUCCACGAUUGCAUCACAAGAAAUCGAGGACGGGGUGUCAACAAUGUAGGGCGAGAAGGGUUAAGUGCAAUGAAGUCCAUCCAGUUUGUGGCAGCUGUUCACGGCAUCAGACCACUUGCGUUUGGGGUCGACCAGCACCAGCAGCACGUUUAGACGCAAGCAAAAGCAAAACCUAUGAGAUACGGCCCAAGACCAGGCCAGGAGUACCUCCAAGGGGGCUGGAUAGCAUUGAUCUCCCGGAAUCUAGGGACAGACGUAUACUUGAACUCAGACUGCUUCACCAAUACACGGCCGAUACAGCGUUGACUAUGAACGUAAAAACGGAUCCUAAUUUACACAUCUGGGCGACAACGAUUCCACGUCUAGCCUUCAGGCACAAUGCACUUCUCUACUCUAUAUAUACGAUCGCAGCACUUCACAUUGCCAAUCUAGAGCCCAGCAACAAUGAGCAUGUGGCUACCUAUCAAAAAUACCUUGGACUCACUCUUCGAGAACACCGCAACGAUGUCACUAAUCUUGGCCCAGCAAAUGCUGACGCGACAGCGCUAACCUCGUCCUUCCUCCGAGUCUCCAACUUUGCUCUCCUUAAAGAGCGGCCACAAAACCCCUACACUCCUCCAAUAGACUGGCUGCACAUGUCUAGCACCACAGGCCAGGGUCUGAACGUUGCAGCAUGGCAGUACAUCCGCAAUGACGCAAACUCCAUCAUGCGAGCCUUCCUUAACGACGCACCUGGCAUAUCAGCUAAGCCAAACGGAUACCUGCGAGACGACGACUUCAUAUUCCAGGAAGCCAAGCGUCGGGAACCGCUCCACCUUCUGCGGAGGACACAAGACAACAUCCUGACAGAGCCGUGGAAUGCAGAGAUCUUGGGCGCGUACGAGACGACGAUCUGCUAUAUCGGUUCUAUCCAGCUCGCGAUCCAGGCACACGAGCCUCCCGAGUCCAUCUUUAGGAGAAUCAUCUUAUUCCCUCAAUGUGUGGAGACGAACUUCAUUACUCUGGUGCAGCAACAACGCCCUAGGGCCCUGGUCAUUCUCGCCCAUUACUUCGCGUAUCUGACCGACUUCAGAUAUAUUUGGUGGAUUGGAGAUGCAGGACCGAGGGAGGUUCGAGGCAUCGAGUCGGUGUUGCCAGAUGACUGGCUUGAUUUGAUGAAUUGGCCAUUGCAGGCAAUCGGAGAUGUAUGUGUUACGUCGUAG